GCUCUUACCUAGAGGAUUAAACCCUGGUCUGAGCAGAAAUGCUGUCAGGGGCAAUUAAGUAACACCUUGUCAGAGGAGGGGGCAGAGGAAGUGUAUGGCAGAGGAUCUUAUGCCUCAACAGCCUUUGCAUCAACAGCCAUCAGCUCUUGUCCAGGAGCUGCACCCCAGGGCUGGCAGAAGCAAAAGAGAUCUGGCAGCCCAGGAAGCACUGGGAGGAAUCAUCAUAGCACUUGCAGAGAUCUAGAGGAGACUCAAAACAUUUGAUCUGAUACCAAGGACUAUUCAAGUAACCAGGUACGACAGAGGGAUCUGAGAGAGGUGCGUGCCUGCUGCACACAGCCCAGCGAUGAGUGAGACCCCAGCUGCCAACCUCAACACUGGAGAUGCUCCAGCUGGUUCCACCACACCACGCAAGGGGCCUCCCAAGUUCAAGCAGAGACAGACAAGGCAGUUCAAGAGCAAGCCUCCCAAAAAAGGAGUAAGAGGGUUUGGAGAUGACAUCCCAGGCAUGGAGGGACUGGGCACAGAUAUCACAGUGAUUUGCCCAUGGGAAGCUUUCAGCCAUCUGGAACUGCACGAGCUGGCCCAGUUUGGGAUCAUCUAAUGUGUCAGCAUCUCUACUGGUGUCACCUGGUGACUCCACAGAUUUCAGCAUGGUCUUCACCACCUUUGACACUAAUUUUUGGCCCUUGCAUCCACCCACUUAUGGCAGGGUGGUUUUGUAGGAGCUAGUUAUGAGAACGUCCUUUGCAGAUUAAUUUGGCAAAGAAGUUAUUUGGGACACUGAGCAGACCUCAUGUUCCAUGUGAUGAAACUAUGAAAAAUGUCUUAAUGUCUCCCUGCACUAUAUUAUUUCCUCUCUCACUGUCACAGAUAUUCAAUAUUUAUGGAGAUACAGGGAGGCUGUAUUUGAACUUUGUCCCUGAUUAGCUGAGACAUUGUGUGCAGACCUAAUUAUAUCAAGCCUAUUCUGUUUUCUUCCUUCCCUGACAGCUUUCUAUAUAGUUUCCAUGGGUAGGUCUUCAUGUUAUUUGGGCCACCAGUUAUUUGCUGAGAGUAUAUCUGUAGAGAACAGCUUUAAAGUCACCAGUCCAGACAUUAGUCAAUCUUUCCAUAGGAGGACCUUCCCCAGGGGUUCACCAUAAGGAAUGGGCUGCUAAGAUUUACCUCAUCAGCAAAUGGGGAUAAGGGCUUGCAAAUGCUGUAUCUGCUGUACUGCUCACAAGCCAUGAAAGUCUGGCUGUUAUAAUAAUGUUAAGUGAAAAUGUGUGUGUCUGAGAUCAAUAGCUAAGUGAAUUAAUCCUAUUAUUCAUUCCUUUGUGGUUGCAAUUCCAAAGAAGCAGCACUCCAAAUGAUGCUGUGUUUCCUCUCCUUUCAUGGGAUGCCCUGUGUGACACUUGCACUGUCCCCAUGCCCAUACAUAUUUACAAGAGACAUUUGUUCCCCAGGACAUGCUUGCUG